GGCGAACUCGAACAUCGACACGUCAAGCGGUUCUAUGCUCGAACCAACCGGGUUGCGUACGAGAUGCAGAUCGCCCGGAAAGAGCGAAAGCGGUCACUCUUGGCCUCAAUCCGGGCCAAAGACUCAUUCCAGCCUCUCUCCGCACUCAAGCAGGACAACAAACGCGCCAAGAUUGCAACCGCUGAGGCGCACUCACGGUCAAAACUCUCCAGCUCGGGAACACCUCUCAGCGUUCAACACUUUCACGUGUGGUCCUGGUUAGAAGACCAUGAAGCCGACGCUGCUACCAAGGACUUCAUGAAUCUUCUUCGCGACCAUUUGGUCAGGCGUUUUGUUGGGUCCGACGCCGAGCCAGAGGACGGCUUCUCCGAACAACACACGAGCGGCAUUCAAGUUCUCAAUGAUCGCCUUUACCGUCACAGCACCAUUCACAUCAACUAUACGACAUACGACAUGCGACGCGAGCAAGAUACCAUCAAUCCGCGAACACAUGCGGAUAUCACCCUCCUGUCAUCGCACACUGAUGAUGACAACAAUGCCCCCUUCUGGUACGCCCGUGUCCUCAGCAUCUUUCACGCACACGUACGCUAUACUGGACCUGGAUCUACGCGCACAACCCACAAGUGGCAGCGCAUCAAUUUUGUUUGGGUGCGCUGGUUUGAGCGCGACCUGGCGUACUCAUCCGGUUUCCAGCACCGGCGUCUCCCGCGUCUGCAGUUCAUGGAUGCAAAUGACCCCGACAAUGUCCCGUUCGGCUUUGUAGAUCCAGACGAUAUCAUACAGCUGACUUAUCUCAUUCCUGCAUUUGAGCAUGGUGGUACAACAGAUCUCCUCGGACCCUCAAAAUUGGCUCGUCGCCUCAAGGACGAUGGCGACGAUGACGAUGACUGGCGCUACUUCUACGUAUGCAUGUACGUAUGGUUUUAUUUGACAUGA